UUCUCCAACACAUUUCCUAGUCUACUUCCGGUUUCUGAAGUGGUGAAGUGGGAGGGGGCUAGCGCUACUGAAAGAAGGACACAAAUGUGAGUGGUAUCUAGCUCCCUACAGUACCAGAGAAUUUGCCUCAGUCUUGCUGGGCCACCAACAUGGGAGAUUAUAAGAACCAGUAUCUUGUGGCUCAAAAUGUGAAGGUGUGUGAGAUUGAUCCGGAGGUCAAGGAGAAGCUGCGCAAGUUUCGUUUCCGGAAGGAAAAGAACAAUGCUGCUAUCAGCAUGAAGAUUGACCCCAAAACAAUGACCAUCAUCCUGGAUGAUGAAUAUGAGGACUGCACAUUAGAUGACCUGCAAGAGGAGCUGCCAGGUCACCUUCCCAGGUAUCUGGUGUACAGUUACUGCUUGUCUCAUGAUGAUGGGAGGACAUCUUUUCCCUUGGUUUUUAUCUUCAUCAGCCCCGCAGGGUGUAAACCAGAGCUGCAGAUGAUGUAUGCAGGGACCAAGACAGCGCUGGUGACGGAGGCACAGAUGACCAAGGUCUUUGAAGUCCGUAAUGUGGAUGAGUUGACAGAUGAGUGGCUGAGGGAAAAGUUGGCCCUCUUCCGAUAAGCUCUGCACACAAAUGCUGCACCAGAUCGGUGUAUCACACAGUACUGAUUUGAAGAUAAUCAUUAUUAUUUACAUUAAUAUGUUUGAGAUUAUUUACAUUAAUAUGUGUGAGAAGUUAUGAAAAAUCAAUUAACAACCUUAUUGAAGGUGCAAUUGUCAUAUGUUGUCAGGGACUAUUGAUGUUGUGAAACAUGAAGUUGAUCUUGACCACAGUAGGUCUUAUUUGCAUCACUCACUGCAGUAGCUGCCUUCCAUAUCCCACAUGGUCAUCAAUUUUGUACGAAACAACACUCCCACAACACAAGUGGGAGAAGUACUGCUACUCCUGUAGAUUGAAUGUGGAUCUGAGUAUCUCAGAUAUGCCAUUUUGAAGUCUAUGUGAAUCGUGAACAUGGAGGGCAGAAUUUGGAUGCUCUCCCUUACUUUCACAUUGAUGUACAUGAAGGUAGGAUCAGAGAAAAUCGCGUUAAGGCUGUCUGGGUCUGUGGAAGGCAGCUGUUGUGUGCAGAAUGAAUUGGGGCAUAUAGAUUUACAUGUAUGUGCCGUAGAUAAGGGGCCAAUAGUAGUGUACUGUAGUGAGCCGUAGCAUCAGUCACAGCCAUCCAUGUGACUGUCAGCUGCCAACUACUCACCUUUCAGCACCCUGGACAGCAUUGUAAGGCCACAUCAAGUCGUUGUCAUCUUUUUCAGACCAGUCAAAUUAAAUAAUGAUAAUAAUAGUAAUAAUAAUAAUCACCAGGUGUAUUUUGCCAGCCAGUAGGUACCCAAAUUAUGAGUAAUGAGGCUGUUUAACGUGGUCCAGGCACCUCCUCGAGCACGUCCCUCCCUGAAGACGAUUUCGUGGAAAUGUAUAGGGAGUUUUAUUUGGGGCUUCUUAACUGAAGCUGAAGAAAUAUCAUGCAUUCACACAGACCUCUGACCUCCUCCACCCUUGAAAAACGGCUUAGGCCGAUGAUGUAUCAAGGUUGAAUAAAGGUUUUUAAAAAAUGUAGUGCCAACAUUGAGGUCACCUGAGUGGUGCCAAGUGUCAGCUCACUCCAGAUCCUUGCAAUUUAGCUCUGCGUAUUGUAAGCUCAUCACGAUUCAGCCCCUGGCUGUUAAGAAAGAGUAGUCGUCCCACCGCAAUAACACAACAUUUCAGUAUUGGCAAAACAAUUGAGAAACUCUACAUUUCUAUUUUGGAGGGCAUGUCAUUGGUGUGGCCUUGGUUAAAAUGAUGAUAUGCAUGCCUGCUCAACUUAAAGCUAAUUUCUGGUUAUCUAUCAUGACACAUUUGCAUUAGCCAGAACCAAACUGUUCAUAUGCAUGAAAAUAGCAUGUUAUCCAAGAGAUGUGCAUGCACAACAUGGUCUGCACAAAGUGUGCAAAUCUUUUAACACCUUUUCAUGUUUAGAUACACGUUUUUGAUAACUCAGUCACUCACUAUCUGGUUUAUCAUCUGUUGUUCCCUGUCUUGCAAAUAUUUGUCAGAAGUAGUCAGGAAUGCCUUAUGAAUACUGACCCAAAAAAUCUGCAAUCUCAAACACCUUUUACUACCACUAUCAGAUGCCUUAUCAACCUUUCAUCCUCACAGAAUUUUAUUUAAACUCUGAGUGAGUGUACAAUUCUUGUUUAAGUGCGAGCUUUGAACUCUCUUGAACUGAAAGAUCACAGUUUGUACUCAUGAAUAUUAACUACAUCAAGUUUCCAGCCUUUGUACAUGUAAUGAAAAUGACUUUGUGCACAUAAUUCACACUAACCUUGUGAUGUUUCAUGCUGGCAAUGCUCUUUUGUUGAAAUUGAUUGCCAAAAUUAUGUUGCCACUAGGUUAGUAAUAAUUGAUGAACAGCAACAUUUUUGUCCAUGGUGAGGACAUUGUGAACACAAGUCUUUCACAUCUAUUCUUGGAGGAAUUAGUGUUGUGAAUGUCAAGCCCCAUGUGACUACUGCCAUUGUGACAUGAGGUCAAGGAGUACUACCUGUAAUAUGUACUUGUUGCUCAUCUAUGUAAACAUCGUACAUGAAAUAAAGAUUUUGUGAGUUGACAUUUCUCAGUA